CGUUCGUCUGCUAGCAAGCAAAUGCCUAUUGUGGCUAACGUUAGCUGGCUAAUUGCCCCCCUCCUUUUCUCAAUCACAUUAUAUUGUCUUAUUAUUGUGCCGAGACGUAUAUUCCUUUCUGUAGCUAUUCCGUAAUUAACUUAUUUCGCCUCGAGUAUUUUGCGCUGAAAAACCCUUAUUGCCAGCUGGUUAGCACUGCGUGUGUGUCGUGUCGUUAUUGGUACAGUCUCAAGCGUGUUUGUUUUGAUCUCUCCCUCUGACCGACACACGUCAACUCGAGCAUCCAGUCAGCGUUAGUUUGAUGGCAAAAAUGUAUCAACUUGAAAUUACACAACGGCACUUGAGGUUUGUGUUACAAGCAACCAAAAGUAUGUUUAUUGUAGCAAGUAUCGGAAAUAGUUAGCUAGCUAGUCAAUGCAACCCCAAAAGUAGCUUGUCUUUUUCCCCAUUUGAUGUGCAUGCUGCAUUGUAGUUGGCUAGCCGGCACACUAGAUACACUCCUUUUCAAAUGGCUAACGUUACCAUUGAAGAGUGAAUCAUGGUUUUGACAUUUGGAGGCCUUUCGCUCUUCGGCAGACCCACUCGGACCCAGAUAAUGGGCACAACCUGGGCAGGAGCGGCCAACCGAUGAUGCCACUCUGCUGCACUGUGACCAGCCAUGCUCUCGUCCAAGGCGUUUUCCGGAUGGGGCUCCCCUCCCCCGACACUGUGCUUACAUAGGUCAGGAAUACAACUACAUCAUACAAAAGGAACGAUGGCAUGGACUUGUCUGAACUAUGGCACACCUGCAGGGUAAAGGUGAGGUCCCUUGACAUCUGAUACCAAAAGGAAAACCAAGAUCAAGUCGAUCCACAUUUUAUGAGGACAAAACAAGUCAAUGAACAACUGAUGGUUUAGCGUCCACACUUUCACCAUGUUGACGAGGUUGCACCAUGGCUGCUGAUUCCUGUAUACUAGUAGACUCUCCGGUGCGGCGCUGAGCCCAGUGACCCUAACCCAUGAUGCAGCGUAACGGUGGUGGGGUGGGGGCUGGUGGCCAGCCGUGGGUGCUGCGGCGCGUGCGCCUCACCUGGCUCAGCUUCAUGCUCUUCUUCAUCCUGGUCUUCUUCCCGCUCAUCGCCCACUACUACCUCACCACCAUCGACGAGGCGGGCGGCCCCGACAAGCGCAUCUUCGGCCCUCGGCCCGGCGGUGAGCUGUGCGAAGCCAAGCACGUGCAGGACCUGUGCCGCAUCCGCGAGUCGGUCAGCGAGGAGCUGCUACAGCUGGAGGCCAAGCGGCAGGAGCUGAACGGGGAGAUCGUCCGGCUCAACCUGCGCAUCGAGGCGUGCAAGCGUAGCAUCGACAGUGCCAAGCAGGACCUGCUGCAGUUGAAGAACGUCAUCAGCCAGACGGAGCACUCAUACAAGGAGCUGAUGGCCCAGAACCAGCCCAAGCUCUCGCUUCCCGUGAGGUUAAUACCUGACAAGGACGACCCAGGACUACCCCCGCCCAAGUCUGCCCACAUCUGCCGCCUGCGCUCCUGCUUCGACUACGCCCGCUGCCCGUUGACCUCGGGCUUCCCUGUGUACGUCUACGACACUGCCUCCUACCCCUGGGGUGAGUCCCUGGACCCGCUGGUCAGGCAGGCCUUCGCCACCUCGGUGAAGAGCAGCAUCUACGUGACGGACAACCCCAGCAUCGCCUGUCUGUAUGUGGUGCUGGUGGGGGAGCUGCAGGAGUCUCCUUCCUCCCCCCUCCCGGCCCCCUCAGCGCUGGAGAAGCAGCUGAAGGCUCUGCCAUACUGGAGGUCUGACGGACACAACCAUCUCCUGGUCCACCUUUCCAGGAAGUCCAUGACGCAGAACUUCCUGUACAAUGUGAGCACUGGCCGGGCUGCAGUGGCCCAGUCCAUCUUUCUUGAGCAGCAGUACCGCGAGGGCUUCGACCUGGUGGUGUCCCCACUGGUCCACGCCCUCUCUGAGCCAAACUUCCUGGAGGUGCCGCCCCAGGUGCCCGUCAAGAGGAAGUACCUGUUUACCUUCCAGGGCGAGAGGGUGGAGUCUCUGAGGAGCAGCCUGCAGGAGGGGCCGCCCCAGUCCUUUGAGGAGGAGAUGGAGGGAGACCCGCCAGCCGACUACGACGAUCGCAUCAUCGGAACGCUUAAGGCAGUGCAGGACAGCCGCCUGGACCAGGUGCUGGUGGAGUUCACCUGUAAGAGCCCGCAGCCCAGCCUGCCCACAGAGUGGGCCCUGUGUGGGGAGAGGGAGGAGCGGCUAGAGGUCCUUAAGGCCUCCACCUUUGCCUUGGUCAUCUCCCCCGGGGACGGUCAACUGAUGGCCUCAGCGGGCAACGGCAUGAGGCUGUUUGAGGCCCUGGAGGUGGGGGCCAUCCCUGUGGUAGUGGGGGACCACGCCAGGCUGCCCUACCAUCAGUUGGUCCACUGGAGCGAGGCGGCCAUUAUGGUGCCCAAGCCCCGCAUCACCGAGCUGCACUUCCUGCUACGCAGCCUAUCAGACAAUGACCUACUGGCCAUGCGGCGGCAGGGCCGCUUCCUGUGGGAAACCUACUUCUCUACCUCAGAGAACGUCCUGGGCACAAUUCUGGCUAGCGUCCGGACCCGCAUCCAGGUCCCCCCCGCGCCCAUCCACGAGGAGCCCGCCCAGGAGAUCCCCCACAAGGCGGGCAAGAUGGCGGGCACGGACGCUAACCUGGCCGACAAUGGCGACCUGGACCUGGGUCCCGUGGAGACAGAGCCACCCUACGCCUCACCACGCUUCCUUCGCAACUUCACGUACACAGCAUCCGACACCUACCAGACCUGGAACCGCGCCCCGGGGCCUUUCCACCUCUUCCCUCACACGCCGCUGGACCCGGUGCUGCCCUCGGAGGCCAAGUUCCUGGGUUCGGGCACGGGCUUCCGCCCCAUUGGCAGUGGCACGGGGGGCUCGGGGAAGGAGUUUCAAGCAGCGCUGGGUGGGAACGUGCCUCGGGAGCAGUUCACCGUGGUCAUGCUGACCUACGAGAGGGAGGAGGUUCUGAUGAACUCCCUGGAGAGGCUCAACGGGCUGCCCUACCUCAACAAAGUGGUGGUGGUGUGGAACUCCCCCAAGCCUCCUUCAGACGACCUGCUGUGGCCAGACAUCGGCCUGCCCAUCGUGGUGGUGCGCACGGAGAAGAACAGCCUCAACAACCGGUUCCUGCCCUGGGACGUCGUGGAGACGGAAGCCAUCUUGUCCAUCGACGACGACGCCCACCUCCGCCAUGAUGAGAUCAUGUUUGGGUUCAGAGUAUGGAGGGAGGCCAGGGACCGCAUCGUGGGCUUCCCUGGGAGGUUCCAUGCCUGGGACGUCAACCACCAGUCGUGGCUCUACAACUCUAACUACUCCUGUGAACUGUCAAUGGUACUGACGGGCGCCGCCUUCUUUCACAAGUACUAUGCGUACCUGUACUCGUACGUGAUGCCCCAGGCCAUCCGCGACAUAGUGGAUGAGUAUAUCAACUGUGAGGACAUCGCCAUGAACUUCCUGGUGUCGCACAUCACCCGCAAGCCCCCUAUCAAGGUGACGUCUCGCUGGACCUUCCGCUGCCCCGGCUGCCCUCAGGCCCUGUCGCAUGACGACUCUCACUUCCACGAGCGCCACAAGUGCAUCAACUUCUUUGUCAAGGUGUACGGCUACAUGCCCUUACUCUACACGCAGUUCCGCGUGGACUCUGUGCUCUUCAAGACGCGCCUACCCCACGACAAGACUAAGUGCUUCAAGUUCAUCUAGCCCAGGGCUAGGCCCAGCUAAGAACGUUGGGCAGAACGAAGCUAGAGAGUGAGGAACUCAGGCAGGACGGAAGAGAGAGCAGAGAGGACUGGUUGUGAGAAAGAGGGAGGUUUUGGGAUGAGGGCUUAAACCCAGGAAUAGAUCUAGGAUGAAUGACACAGACCACACCUUCACUGGAACCUGUGAUAGGCUGGAAGCUGAGAAGAACCUCUGCCAAUCAAGAAGCCUUUUCAUUUUUUAAUGUAAUUGUGUUCUUCAUCAUGUCUUCAUGUUUGUUACAUCAUCAACUACUACAGAUUUCAUUUAGCUUGUUAUGGGCCUGCAGAGAGAAAGAGGAGAGGAUGCUGGCAACACUGCCUGUCCAAGGACAGUGACUUGACUCUGCGAGACAAACUCAAACUGGCAUUGUAAACGGACUGGUUUUAAACUGACACAGGGAGAGAAUGAAACGGUGGACUGUCACAUGGGCCAGCCCGGAGCUCCUGAAUUGCUAGCUAGACAUUUCACCUUUUGAGAGAUAAACAAAGGCAUACCAUUUGUCAUUGCACAAAUUGUUUUUUAAUUUUAUUUUUUACUCAUUUUACAUGAAUUUACUUUACUCUUGUAUAUGAAACCGUGAGAGAAGCACUGAUGGUCGCAGAAGUAUUCUAUUCAAUGAUCUUGUUAUUUGUUUUACGUGGUGUUUAAUAGUGUAAAUCUCCAUGUGGGAUGGUCAGUGGUCACCAGAACCUUGUUAUUGGCUGACCCAUAGAAUCACUAGAAUGGGUGAAGGCCCUCAGACCAUGACAAUUUCACAGUAGAUUAUAUUUCUAUGGGCAGACCUAAACUAAGAUAGAAAGUGGUCUUUGUCAUUCUGUCUUUAAAUGACCUCAGAUGGAGACUACAGGACCAUUAUGCCACAAGUUCUACAAGUUUACCAGAAAAAUCUGUAAAAUAUUCAUAGGAAACUGUAUUAGUUGGAAUGCCAUUACCUAACACAUUCAUUAAGCCUACAGCAGACUACAAUGGUGUAAAGUCAGACCUUGGCUUUUUUCUGACUUUUUGGAUGUUAGUGAUAUUGGUCUACCAAUGGUUAUUGUUAAAUGUCUGAGUAGUCCUAAUUAAGUGUUCAGUAAUGGAGUAGGGUGACGUUGCCACUAGAUGCUGAUCUUGGCUCAGUUUUUAACUUCUCCCACUAAUGGUUAAUGUUAGGAUUGGGGAGGGGAAGCUGAUUCCAGAUCUGUACCUAGGGGAAACUUCCCACAGGAGCCUUCGAUAAAUGAUGUCAAUUGGGCAAUUGUACAAGGAAUUGAAAAAUAAGCUUAUUUCGACUCUGAAGAUGUUUUGGUGUUUCUGUCUGUCAUCAUCAUGGUCCAAUCAUGUCAAAGGUUACAGUUCUAUUCAGUUUGAACCUUCAAAAGGAGCUUCUUCUCUGUACAGUGUCUCCAUGUCGGUCCCUCAAGUUUCAUUUCAUAACGAUUUGAUGGUCGAUGAAUGUUUUCUUUGCCAAAUAGGUACGAUGUUAUAUGCUGAAAAACAGCACAAUGUUUUGUAAAGUGCACAAUGCAGUCUGGUACCCCCCCCGUUAGACAGUACUCAGCCACCCCAUCCCCCCCAAAAAAUGGUCAUUCAGCUAUUAAAAUGACAGCGCCUGCCCUUGUACUAUGCAGCCCUUAUUAAUUAAUGUACUUUGACCGGUCUUACUCUGGGAGGCUACUUUUAUAGAACUCAACAUUAUCGCGCCCCAUACUUUCUGUAUAUUUAUUUAAUUGAAUAUAUUGAAUGGAUCUUCUAAGGCUUCUAAAGGGGUUUGUGAAUAGAAAUGACUGCAAUAAAAUGGAAUGUGAUCUGGGUCAUUAGCUCUCAGACAACGGAACCUGCCCCCCUGACUGACCCGGCAUCAGUGGGCCCCAUUACAACACUAACGAAAACCAAAUCAAGUGUUCUUUGUCACAUGCUUCGUAAACAACUGGUGUAGACUAACAGUGAAAUGCUUCCUUACCCUUCCCAACAAUGUA